AUGGCGAGGGCGGUCGGCUCUCCCGCCGGGGCUAGUCCGCGAGGGCGCCGGGCCCGUCGCUCCCCCCGGCGGCCCGGAGCCCUCCUCGGCCCCCGCCCCGAGGCGUCCGGGCCAGGCCGCCCCUCCUCGGCGCCGCGCCGCUGCCCGCGCGAGCCGGGCCGCCUCGAGCUCCCGGGCCGCCCCGCCGCGGGGGCCUCUCUCGCGGGGGCGCCCGGCUCCCCUCACCCGCUCCGGUCCCCUGAGCGGCCGCGGAGCCGAGGCCAGGGCGGGAAGGGCCUCCGCACCAGAGCGGGAGGGCGCGAGCGCGGGCUCCGCCACCCGAGCCGCUCCGUUACCGCAGCGGCGACGACGACCAGGGCCGAGGUGCCGCUGCCAACUUGUCGGAGGACACUGAGCAUGCGCGCGCGGAGACCACAUCCGGGUAGUUUCAGGGUUUGGCCCUCCCCCGCAGCUUUCCUUUCUCCCGGCGGCCCCCGCCUCCCGCCCGCAGUGACGGGAGGUCGCUCUGCGCAGGCGCCCGCGGAGGACCGAGUGGCGGCCUCGGACCCGGCCCUGCAGGCAGGCGCUGCCGCUCCGCGUGCGGUGGGCGAGAAAGGCUGCGUGGAGGAGGGAAUGAUCGCGAGAGAAACUGGCAUCUCUUCGCAAAAAGGUACCCGGGAAGCACGGGAAAGUUCGGCGUAUAGAGGCGUCCAGUGA